AUGCCCACGCCGGGCGGCUACGCCCUUGUCCACGACCGCACCAUAGUCGCCGAAAGGCGCACCUGCCGCUUUUCGUGGGUCCUCGUCGAUAGCGGCAACAACAUCAACAUCCUCUACCGUGACACCAUGACCCAGCUUGGCAUCGAGGCCACGCACCUACAGCCGACCCGGAUGCUGUUCCACGACAUCGUGUCGGGUCUCUCUUGCUCCCCGGUCGACCGGAUCCGGCUCGACGUCCUAUUAGGCACCAAUGACCACUUCCGGCGCGGGCCCAUUUGGUUUGAGGUGGUGGACCUGUCCAGCCCCUACCACGUGUUGCUAGGCCGGCCCGCGUUGGCAAAGUUCAUGGCGGUUCCCCAUUACGCCUACCUGAAGAUGAAGUUGCCAGGUCCCAAGGGCCUCAUCACUGUUGUUGGCGACUACAAGAAAUCCCUAGAGUGCGCCAAAGCCGGCUCCAAGAUGGCUGAGUCACUGGUCGUCACCGAGGAGAGGCGCCAGUCGACCGGAUCAUAG